AGGUAUUGGCCCGGGUUCCAUCUCUCUCUCUCUCUCUCUCUCUCUCUCCUGCGGCAGCGGACACCGAGUUCGCUCAUUUGCUGUCCAUUUGUUGGAGGAGAACCACCGAAGACAGGUGUCAGCGGGAGGAAUCCGUUUCCGCAUCCAUCGUAUCGAUCCGCGUCGUCGUCGAAUUCCGUUUUCUUUUAUCGGAUUCGAGCCGAUCGGCCGUCGCCAUGCCGGGCGCCGGAUCUGCCGCGGCAUCUCGCAGUUGGCUUCUUCUGGUCCUUCUGCUCCUCUCCGCAUUCGUCGCCCCGGCCGCCGGAUUGGGAUCCGCCAAGAAGGUUUUCAUGAGGGAGAAGGUCCGGAAGAUGUUUUACCAUGCAUAUGAAAACUACAUGGUUCAUGCAUUUCCACAUGAUGAGUUAAAGCCUCUCACUAAAACUUUCACAGACUCACUCAGUGAACUUGGAAAUUUAAAGCUGGAACGCUUGCCCCAGAAUUACAAUGGAUCGGCAUUGACACUUGUUGAAUCAUUGUCAAGUCUCGUUGUCUUAGGUAACUACACAGAAUUUGAAAGAGGAGUUCUUUGGCUUUCUGACAACCUUACAUUUGAUGUGGAUGCUCGUGUGAACCUGUUUGAGUGCAACAUAAGAGUUCUUGGGGGGCUUGUUUCUGCUCAUAUUCUUGCAACUGAUUCUAAAAGCAGGUUAGAACAUGGCUUGUACAAGAAUCAGUUACUUGAUUUGGCGAGAGACUUAGGUCAGCGCUUCUUACCUGCAUUUGAGACUCCUACUGGAUUGCCAUAUGCGUGGAUUAAUCUAAAGUAUGGAGUAAUGGAAGAUGAGACAACAGAAACAAGCACAUCAGGGUGUGCUUCAGGUUCUCUUAUUCUUGAAAUGGGAGCAUUAUCACGAUUAACUGGUGACCCUAGAUUUCAAGCUGCUGCUCUUCGUGCUCUUCGUAAAUUAUGGAGCAUGAGAAGUCCUUUGAACCUUUUAGGUACUACUCUUGAUGUUGUCACUGGAGACUGGAUAGAGUAUUCAUCUGGAGUUGGCGCUGGAGUUGAUUCAUUUUAUGAAUAUUUAAUCAAAGCCUAUAUUCUUUUUGGAAACGAUGAGUUCUGGGACAUGUUUCAUUCAUCUUAUCUUGCCGUGCAGAAAUACUUCCGGCAUGGCCCAUGGUGCAGUACCAACAAUUUCUUGACUUUGUAUCACGAAGCUGAUAUGAGGACAGGAAAAGCAACAUAUUGGCAACUUACAAGCCUUCAAGCCUUCUGGCCUGGUCUUCAGAUUCUUGUUGGGGACGUAGCUGCUGCCAAUUCAUCACAUCGUGAGUUUUUCUAUGUAUGGGACAAGUUUGGUGUACUACCAGAAAGGUACCUUCUGGACCAUGGCAUGUUGCAUCCAACUGAGAAAUACUAUCCAUUGCGCCCUGAACUUGCAGAGUCUACAUUUUACCUUUAUCAAGCGACUAGAGAUCCUUGGUAUAUGGAAGUUGGUGAGACAAUAAUUAAUUCUCUCAAUUACUAUACUAGAGUGGAUGGUGGUUUUGCUAGUGUUAGAGAUGUUACAACCAUGGAACUAGAAGAUCAUCAGCAUAGUUUCUUUCUUUCUGAAACGUGUAAAUAUCUUUAUCUUCUCUUUGAUGAUUCAUUCUUGGCUGGUCAGAACUAUGUCUUUACUACUGAGGGUCACCCUCUGCCAAUCAGAGGUUCCUGGCAUGAGAAACUUCCAGAGGCUUACAUUCCUGCUAACUGGACUUCAGUAAAGAAUGAAAAUCAAGCAAUUCGGCUAAGUGCUUUGUCUCAACAAGUUUGUCCUGCAACAACCACAGGAGGAAGCAUCUCACUGCAAAUUGAGAGUGCUUGCCAUAUCCCCGAUUUACAUGCUGAUCACAGAUGUAGAACCGACGAUGAGUGUGGGAUUGAUUCAACAACAUGUAGGAAACGGGUUUGCAGCAUGGCUGGCUUUUGUGGAUUGUGGUUAUUCAUACCAUAAUUCUUGAGGCAAAAUCAAUGUAGUAUAGAUAUUCUUUUAGGCAGGGGAAUAAAGAGAAGAAAAGUAAUUUUUAGAGUUGUACAUUUGGUGUAGCUGUUCUCGGCCUGAGCGUAUCUUCAACGAUGCUAGAGGGGAUCCGUGAUAUGGGGUAUCCAAUUAUAUUACCUUGAGGAUUAUAAUUCACGCAAGAAUCAUCCUUAAUGUAGAAUUUAUCCUUGUCAAUUUGUUCACAAUUAAUUUAAUCCUGUGAAAUUGUGUUUGUGCUGGAACAAAA